AAUAAAAAUAAAAAUAAAAAUAAAAAUAAAAAUAAAAAUAAAAAUAACCCAAUUAAAAUAACCCAAUUAAAAUAAAAACAAUAAUAUAAUAAUAGUAGAAAUUAAAGGAUGAGUUAUAACCCUUUAAAUAACAGUAAUACUGGCAAUAACACAAAUAGUAACAACAACAAUAAUCUUGAUAAUCUCAACAUUAGAGACGAUGCCUCUUUUUUCUCUGGUGAUGAUCAAACUACUUUAGAUCCCAGUGUAACUUUCCCAGGAAAUACCCAUCAAAGAAAUUCCUCUAGUCACUCUGCAAAUUACGAUAACUACACAAAUUACAUGAACUACAGCGAUAAUUUAACUACCAAUUUAGAUUCUCACAACGCAAUCAAUAACCCUUUUUUUCCUCCUCUGGUUCCAUCUCAAAAUACUCGCUCCAACUUGGGCUCAGUUUCUUUUUUAUCAAAUCAAUUCAAUAACAGCAGCUACCAAAAUUCAAAUCCAAAUCCAAAUGACAUUCCAAAUUCAACACCAAAUUUAAUUCCAAAUGAAUACAUAUCUCCCUUUGAUUCCAAUCCCAAUAUCAUCGUCAAUAACAACAACAACAGCAACAAUAAUAAUCUUGAUAUCAAUAAUAAUGAUAUUAUCAAUAAUAAUGAUAUUAUCAAUAAUAAUAACAAUAACAAUUUACUGUCUGUUUUUGCUACAUCUCCUAUCUUAGGUCAAAAUCAAAGUUUCCCUCAAAGAAAUGAUAAUAGCUCCUUAUACUCUGUAGAAAUUAAUAAUACCAACACUAAUAUCCCAAUUUAUAUGCAAAACACUCUAUACCAACCAAACUUCACAAACCAACAGUUUUAUAAUCAAAACGAUCCCGAUUUAAAUCCUGUUCCGAUUAAUGGUGAAUAUUAUGAAAUUAAUCCAGUUAUGAACCAAAAUCAUUCUUAUAGUGACAACGAUAACGAGGAUGAAUACUCAGGCAACAAUGAUAACGACAAUGAUAACGAAAAAUUGAAUCCAGAUUCAAACUCAAAAAGUAAAGUCAAAACAACAAAUGGAAAUUUCGUUCUUGAUUGUCCAGUCUCAAAAGAAUUGCUCUCAAAUUACAAAGGCAAUUACUCUCCAAGAGAAUUCAACUAUCUCAGAUAUUCUGCUGUUACAAGUGAUCCAAAAGAUUUUCAAUCUGACAACUUUUCUUUAAGACAAACCUUUUUCACCCAAAAAAGACAAACUGAACUUCUAGUCGUUGUAACAAUGUACAACGAAAAUGAAAUUCUACUAGCAAGAACUUUAUCCACCAUCAUGAAUAACAUCAAAUACAUUUGCAACAAAGGCGAUGAAGAUAUUUGGGGAGUCGAUGGCUGGAAAAAAAUCGUCGUUUGCAUCGUUAGCGAUGGUAGAUCUGUCAUCAAUAAAAGAUCUUUGGCUCUAUUAUCAACUCUAGGUUGUUAUCAAGAAAAUUUUGCCCAAAAUAAAGUCAAUGAUAAUGAAGUUCAAGCUCAUCUUUAUGAAUACACUUCAUUAGUAGGAAUCAAAGGCAUUAAAGAUGAUAUAAUUCAAUUUGAAUUUGAUCUGGUAAUUCCAGUCCAAUUUUUAUUUUGUCUCAAAGAAAAAAAUCUUAAAAAAAUCAAUUCUCAUAGAUGGUGUUUUCAAGCAUUUUGCCCGAUUUUAGACCCCAAGGUUAUUAUUUUAUUAGAUGUUGGCACUGAACCUUCCAAGAGAUCAUUCUAUGAACUUUGGAAAGCUUUUCAUUAUGAUCCACAAGUAGGUGGUGCCUGUGGUGAAAUAAAGGCUUCACUAGGUCACAAGUGGAAAAACUUGAUAAAUCCCCUAGUUGCUUCGCAAAAUUUCGAAUACAAAAUCUCAAACAUCUUGGAUAAACCUUUAGAAUCCAUCUUUGGUUUUAUCUCUGUUUUACCUGGUGCUUUUAGCGCUUAUAGAUAUAAUGCAAUUAAGAAUGAUGAACUAGAUAAUGGUCCAUUAAAGGAAUACUUUAAAGGCGAAAAUUUAGACAUAAUUGAUCAAGACCAAGAAUUUAAGAAAUCACAUAUUUUUAUCAAAAAUAUGUAUCUUGCAGAAGAUAGAUUAUUGUGUUUUGAGAUUGUUAGCAGACAAAGAUGCAACUGGACAUUGAAAUACGUUAAAUCUGCAACUGCAAAGACUGACGUUCCGGGGGAUAUACCAGAAUUUAUAGCACAAAGAAGAAGAUGGCUUAACGGAUCAUUUUUUGCAGCAGUUUAUUCAAUGAUUUUUUUUUUCAAAAUUUUUAAAUCAAAGCAUUCAUUAAAGAGAAAGUUGUUAUUUUCAGUUCAAUUUAUUUAUAAUUUUCUUAAUCUACUAUUAUCAUGGUUUUCAAUUGGUUGUUAUUUUUUAGUUUUCAGAAUCAUCACUGUUUCAUUAGCUGAUGACGAAGCAGAAUUUGGACCAGGAAAGGCGUUUUCAUUGAUCUUUAUUUGGUUGUAUGCAUCAGCAACAGUGUCAGUAUUUGUUUGUUCUUUCGGGAAUCGACCAAGGGGUACUAAAAUAGUGUAUAAAGUUAUCAUGAUUUUCUAUGCAAUUUUAAUGGUUUACAUGAUGUUUGCAGCAAUUUAUCUCAGUGUUAAAGCAGUUCAAAGAGUUAAAGAUGAAAAUGAUGGAAAGAUAUCAUCGACCGAAUUUUUUUCAAAUCCCACAACAAGAGAUUUAUUAUUAUCGACUGUAUCAAUAUAUGCUGUUUACUUUAUUUCGUCAUUUCUUUAUUUGGAACCAUAUCAUAUGUUUACAUCGUUUUUGCAAUAUCUUUUAUUAAGCCCAUCAUAUGCCAAUGUUUUAAACAUUUAUGCAUUUUGUAAUUUAAACGAUGUGUCUUGGGGUACAAAGGGAGAUGAUGGCAGUAAAGAAUUUUUAGGGGAAGUUAAAGUGAAUAAGGAUGGUAUAUUUGAAGUCAGUAUUCCACUUACGGACGAUGAAAUCAAUUUUUCAUACAAGCAGCAAGCAAGUGUAAUUGCAGUGAGAGACAACAGCGAUGGGAAACAAGAGGUAUCAAUUGAGGAGAAACAAAAAAAUGACUAUGCAUUUAUUCGAACUAUGGUUGUUUUGUCGUGGAUUGGAACUAAUGCAUUGCUAAUCGUUUUUAUUUUAAAUGCUGGUGGAUUGAAAGAGUUGACGAAUCCUGAUUAUAAAUCAAUUGUUACGAGGAAUUUGGCAGAUUCAGUAUACCAGAAAAAUAGUGAAAUCUUUUUAACAGUUGUUUUAUGGAUAAUUUUUUUCACAGCACUUUUUAAAUUUAUUGGAAGCACAAUUUAUUUGGUUAUUUUUUAUUCAUCUAGAAAUAAUAGAAAGGGGUGAUUUGGAGGAAAGACAAGAAAAACUAAGUCAAACACACCAAUUUUUAUUUUUAUUUUUAUUUUUAUUUUUAU